AGAGUAGUUGUAGUUAACGAAUCAUCAACCACACUAGGCUCUCUCUCUCUCUCUCUCUCUCUCUCCGUUUCAACUCCAAUUCUCUCUCUAGGAUUCCUGAUCUUUCCCUCCACCGAAAAUGUCGGCCCCCGCGAGCGCACCGGCCGUCCGAUCUCUCCGUAUUUCGCGAUCACCGGUCGGGAUCCCACGUCACAGCGUGGCCGUCCGGUGCAAAAAAGUCGUCUGCGUUGCUCCAACCAUCUUGACCAGGUUGCAGAAAGAGUGUGCCACUCCUUUGCCCGUCUUGCGCCACGUGGCCGACGCCAUGGCCGCCGACAUGCGCGCCGGCCUCGCCGCCGAAGGCGGCAGUGAUCUCCCGAUGAUCCUCAGCUUUGUCGACAAUUUGCCAACUCGGAAUGAGAAAGGAUUGUUUUAUGCAUUGGAUCUUGGUGGAACGAAUUUUCGAGUGCUGAGAGUACAAUUAGGAGGGAAGGAUGAGCGUGUGGUCGCCACUGAAUUCGAGCAAGCGUCGAUCCCUAAAGAGCUUAUGUUUGGUACCUCUGAGGAACUGUUUGAUUUUAUAGCUUCUGGGCUGGCGAAAUUUGCUGAAAAGGAGGGUGCAAAAUAUCACCUGCCUCAUGGAACGAAAAGGGAAAUUGGAUUUACGUUUUCUUUCCCCGUUAGGCAGACGUCCAUCGAUUCUGGGAUACUCAUCAAGUGGACUAAAGGUUUUGCCGUCUCUGGAACGGCUGGAAAAGAUGUUGUAGCGUGUCUGAAUGAAGCUAUGGAAAGACAAGGAGUGGAUAUGCGGGUGUCUGCCCUGGUCAAUGAUACUGUGGGAACCCUAGCAGGAGCAAGAUACUGGGAUGAUGAUGUCAUGGUUGCCGUCAUUCUUGGAACUGGAACCAAUGCAUGCUACGUAGAAUGUGUCGACGCUAUACCUAAGCUACAAAGCCACAAUUCAAGUUCUGGAAGAACGAUCAUAAAUACGGAGUGGGGAGCAUUUUCAAAUGGUAUUCCUUUAACUCAGUUUGACAGGGACAUGGAUGCUGCGAGUAUCAAUCCUAGUGAGCAGAUAUUUGAGAAGACAAUAGCUGGUAUGUACCUUGGUGAAGUUGUAAGACGAGUGCUACUAAAGAUGGCUGAAGCAAGUGAUUUAUUUGGGGAAUCUAACAUGGAGAAAUUAUCCACUCAAUUUGUGCUCGGGACCCCACAUAUAUGUGCUAUGCAACAAGACAAUUCUCAAGAUCUUGAAGCUGUUGAAGCAGUGCUAUAUGAUGUAGCUGGGGUGAAAUCCAAUUUCAAUGCAAGGAAAAUAGUAUUGGAAGUUUGUGACACUAUCGUGAAGCGGGGUGGGCGGUUGGCUGGUGCUGGCAUUGUAGGGAUACUUCAAAAGAUGGAGGAGGAUACGAAAGGCCAAAUCUAUGGAAAGAGGACAGUCGUAGCCAUGGAUGGAGGCUUGUAUGAGCACUACCCCCAGUACAGAAAGUACCUCAAAGAUGCGGUCACGGAACUUCUAGGAUCGGAGAUUUCAAAGAACGUAAUCAUAGAACACACGAAAGACGGUUCUGGGAUCGGAGCUGCUCUCUUGGCUGCUUCAAACUCAAAGUACAAAACAUGAUUUUUAGAACACGAUGUGAAGUGGUCAACACGGAGAUUUUUCCUUUUUGCUUUUCCAGUUAAGGUUUGUGUGAUUGAAGGUAGAGCUAGGUGUUUAAUGUAGAGUGAAUUCAUGAACUUCAGGUUGUAUCCGAAUAAAGGAUUUGGCCAACAGAAGGAAAAAGGAAACAUAACGGUCCGAGGAUCUAAUGGCUAUUCUUUCAAUUUUCCCA